UAGGGACAAUGAAUUUCAGCGUUUUUCAUUCUAGGCUUUUAGAACUAUGUUACAAUUUUACAGUUUAGCUGAAGUAGGAACCUUUAACCGUAAAACUGGGUGCCAUUUUCUUGACUUUCCGGUGCUCUGCUUCAGUCAGGGGAAGAACUCCGUUCAAGAGAAAAGCACGUAGCUGAUGAUAAACUGAAGCGUCCUUCCUGACUGUAGCGAGCUCGCUGAUGUCAAAGCUGUCACAAAGAUGGCAAGUAGAGGAGGUGACGUACAUUUCGCACAUGCGCAGAACAAACCGGGUUAGAUCGAGUAGCGACAGUGACAACCUCAGAUUUAAGAAUGGGCAGUUAAGUUUAUGGUUAAUGCUGUUACCAUGGUGACGCAUCAUCACCAUGAAACAGGAAGCGGUUUAAUGAGAGCGUUAACAUAGUAACACAGUACACAGCAGCUUCGUGAAGCAGAAACCGGUUUGGUCGGCGGUCUGUCAGUUCACCCACACUCACAGUUUUCAUGAAUUCAGUCCAGAUGUCCUCCUGACAUGUUUAGACUUAAAGUUAUUGGACUUUCACUGUUGGGUCAAAAUUAACUUCUACACUCAUGUUACUGUGAAUAAUGGUGACCGCCCAAGCUAGCUUUAGCGUUAGCAUCAAAUCAUCACUUUAGUCCAAAAUAAUCCUGUGAAAUUAGGAUUAGAUUAAUUAAUUAUUCAUUAAUAAUUAUCUUCAAAAGGUCACUGAGAAAGAUGACGUCACCCUGUUAAAAAAAUUACGUCAUUUACAAAAAAUUCACAAAAAAUUUUAAGGCCAGUAUUUUAACAGGGUGACGAUGAGACAGUUGAGGAUAAUUCUGGUAUAACAGGAAGUGAAUGAUCUCCUCAGCUUCACUCUGAGACUGUCAUCCUCGUGUUUCCAGGAUCUCUUCGCCCUCGACAUGGAGCCGUACCGCUUCAGUGGCGUCAACAUGACGGGGUUUCGCAUCCUCAACACAGAAAACUCUCAGGUCUCAUCCAUCAUUGAGAAGUGGUCGAUGGAGCGACUACAAGCCCCGCCCAAACCGGACUCCGGCCUGCUGGAUGGAUUCAUGACGGUAGGCAGCACUAACCCGUUUUAUGGCGCUUACGUCACAGCUGAUGUGCUGCGUGUGCACAUGCUGGCGGCUGUAUGUCAUUUUUAUACGUUCACAUGACCGAAUCAAUCGGAGGCCGUAAUGUAACGGCGUCUUUCAGGGUUUUAUGCUGCGGGGGGUUUUCUGUUUGUGUAGAAGGAUCAGAUGAACAAGAUCAAUUCAGUGAAAUAUGGAGGAGUUUGAGAGGACGCAUGAGUGAGCAUCAGCUGUCAAUCAAAAGAGCUCCUGGGGAGGGAGCGGGAGCGUCACGGCGGCCCCUCUGAGGGGAGCGUCGGGGUUGGAGCUCCUGGGUCUAAAUGUUCAGUAAUGAGCCGGUGUGAAUGGUAAUAGCCGUUUAUCUGCCCUCCUGCCUCUUUCAGCUCUCCUCUGGGAGUGUGGCCAAAAUAUGACAAUCUGUCAGUGUUCACGCAGAGAGAGGGGACAAAUUGGAUGGAAAUUAUGGCCUUGGUUAUUUUAGGACGGCUUCCAAAAACGCAUGAGAUGAGGUGAUUUGAAAGUGAAAAAGGGACUGCGGCUCGUCAUGGACGUUCAAGGUCCCUCUGUGUGGGUCUGUUGUUGUAAACAGUCCAUUUACUCCACCUCCCGCACAAACACCCUCUUUGCAGACAAACACCUUCUUUCUCAGCCUCUCCUUUCUUCUCUCCAGACUGAAGAUUCACUAUCAGAAAGGGAGUGUCUUCACAUCAGAGACUCAAGGACGAGCCUCUGAGCCGGGCGUCUGUUCAUGAAUCCACCUCAGCUUUAAUUUGUGUCCACGUUCGAGGACAAAUGAGACACGACCAAACGUAGAAAUGUGACUGAAACUACGCAGACACACUACGACUUAAAAAUCAAAGACGACUGUUACAGUCCUGGUUGACGAUCUGAGAGGGAGUUAAUAAAACUGAGCCGUUGAGACAGAUUUGGAAAAAGCGUCCCACCCCCUCCCACACACAAACUCUGUACCGCCCUCCCCACGACACGCCCCCUCUGACAGAAGAUCCUACGCUAGCUUCAAAUAGGAUCCACCGUGUCGGAUUGUUAGUGACUAGUGUCAGUAAACGCCAGCUCUGCUAGCGAGCGCCGUCUGCAGCUGCCUGGACAGCUACCGUGUUGACAUGUCAGAGACUAAUCAGAGUUAUUUAUGUAACAUGAGAUAAAAGGAGAUAAAAAUGACCUGAUCAACUAAAACUCUGCUGUCUCAGCGUCUGUUGGUCACAUGUCCUCUUUGACUCCGCCCUUUCUUCUUGCAUUUUCUUCCCUCUUUGGCGGUGUGGCGAGCAGAAGUGUGUUUUUUUUGCGUCCUUCUCCAUCACAGCUCCUGUAGCUAAACUGCUACUGUUAGCCGCUCAGAGCUCUGAGGAGGGCCGGGAGAGUGGGAGGGGACGAGUCGGAAACACAGGAGAGGGGUGUGUCGAAUACAGCGAGGUGAUUGGAUGGAGAGGCGGAGCAGGAGAUUGACCAAUAGGAGCUGUCCGGGAUGGUUUUUUUUUUUUUUUUUUUUGUAGGAGGGUAGGGGAAAGUCCAGCUCCUGAUUGGCUAGUAAUGUCGGGUUAGGGGUUCGAGUUAGGAGAUUCAGAAUUGCGAUAAUAUUCUGUUCGAUGUUCAGAACCGACAGCCCGCAUUUGGCUUGAACGUGCGAUGACGUUUCCAGCUUUUCUAGCCAAUCAGAGGCGAAGGAAGUAUCGCGUCUCGGACGGAUGGCUCCCAUUGGUCGAUGUUUUUUCAGCCCUGCACCUGAUAGGGUGAACGGAUUUUUUCCAAUCUUUUUUCUCUUCACUUUGUGGAGAUCGUACUAUAGAACCAUGAUCGCCAUAGAAACGAGGUUCAUAAUAAUAAUCAAUCUCUACAAUCGUCAACCAUGACUUUAAUAUAUAAGAUCCCAGUUUAUCCUCCUCUUACAAAUGUCCUCUUUUCCCACGUGUUCCUGAACGCACCAUGAGAAGAACAACAGUCUUACAGCGAGCGCAGAGAGAGAUGAAUGUCUUCCACUAAGAGGUUAAAUCACUCUGCAGGAAAUGAAUGGAAAUGAGUGCAGAUUGAUUAAUUACAUAGUAUGAAUCACUUUGUCAGAUCUGGUACUACAUAUUGACAUAUCUCACUGGACCCAAACCAGCGCUGAAUAAUAAAUAAUGCAUCCCAAAGACCGGGGCGAGCGUGAUAAAGCACUUCAUUAGAGUGCUCUAUUUAUGAAUCUGAGCUCUGAUGUGUUUUAUUCUUCGGAGGUUUCCACCCUGAGCGGAUCCUUUAAUGAGCGACUAGAGCAGCAGCAGGAACAUAAAAACAUAAAAACACACUGUCACUUUAUGGUCAUAAUGACGCCGUAAUGGAAAACGGUUUCUUCUAAAACAAUAGCCUGAUCCUGGCGGUUAAAUGUGGCGUCCAAACCAGAGCGACUGAAGGAGUGUGUGAAUUCAUCUGUAGGACAUAUUUAAGCCCCAGUGUGGAGUGUGUGUGUGUGUGUGUGUGUGUGUGUGUGUGUGUGUGUGUGUGUGUGUGUGUGUGACCUUCCACCCUCGACCCCUCCCUCUCUCUCUCUCUCUUUUACACUGAGAUGAUUUUCUCUAAUACGCCGGCGCCUCGCUGGGCUCUGGGCUUGUUUGCGCACGUUGACCAGGCAACAUUUGUGUAGCGAUGGUUACCGUGGCAACGGUGGCCGUGUCACCUUGUGAUUUCACGAAGGAUUGAUUGACUGGGGUGGGGGAGGGAGGGAGGAGCGAAGGGGGGAGGCGAGCAGAGAAGGUAGAUGAUGGCGGCAGAAAAAAAAAAAAGGUUUACAUGGGGAAGAGGAGCGGAGACGGGGGGGGGGGACGGCGAGGAUGUUCGGAGCGUUAAGAGGCACAUGUGAUGUUUUCUCACGCCAACAGGGUUAGUGCAUUAAUGCAGAGCGGUGUCCAAUCACAGAGACACGGGGAGCCGUGGGUGAGGCCGAGUGCUGUCCUGGGGAAAGACGCAUAAUGAGAAGUCCCUCCUCUGAGCUCGUUCCUCUGAAGUCUGUUUGUCUGAGGUAUCUCUGAUGGGGGGGGUGUUAAAGGCAGCCAUGCUAAUUAGUCUAAUUCAUCUGUGUGUGUGUGUACAAGUGUGCGUUUGUGUGUGUUUGUGUGUGUGGACUCCUCAACGCCGUCCCCAGAGUCUCCUCAGCUCCAACUGUUGGUACUCUCGAUUCAGAUGAGAAGAGCUAAAGCAGUUAGAGGCUCAACCUGAGAGAUAAUAAUACAGCUGAGAGAGAGAGAGACUAUCUAUCUAUGUGGAUAGAUAGAUAGAUAGAUAGAUAGAUAGAUAGAUAGAUAGAUGAUUCCUUCCUGUAUAUUUUCUUUUUGUUUAAUUUACUUCUUUUUAAAUCUCAGUUUUUCUUGACUGAAUUGAAGAUGAGGAGCUUCUAUGUUUAUGUUACAGUUACUGUGAAUAAUGGUGACCGCCAGAGCUAGCUUUAGCAUUAGCGUCAAAACAUCACUUUUGUCCAAAAUAAUCCUCUGAAAUUACCAAACUAGAUUCUCCAUAAACCGCCAUCGAGGCUCUCUCUUUUUCUUCAAAUGGUCACUGAGACGGAUGAGAGGAAGAGAAAGAUGAGACAAAUGGAAAAGAUGAGAAAAUUGAGACAUAUGAGGGGCCAAAAUCAAGUGUUAGUGGUCAGUUAUUGGAUUAACAGCAAAAUAUAGGCUGCUAACUGUGAUAGAUAGAUAGAUAGAUAGAUAGAUAGAUAGAUAGAUGUUGAUGAUUCCUUCCUGUAUAUUUUAUUUUUCUUCACUUUAACUUCUUUUUAAAUCUCAGUUUCUCUGAUUAAGGAUGAGGGAAAAAAGUCGAACCCCAGCUGAGACUGAAGGGCCUGAUAUCUUCAGCAUCUGCAUCAUUUAUGUCUACAUUUCAGUGAGCUAUAAUUACCAGAGCCGAGCGGCGGAUAAUCUCCUUUGUUAGAGACAGAAGUGAAAACUCUGCAGUAAUAGCUCAUAAUAAUUAUUAAUAACGAGCAGGUGUUUGGGUAAAGAGCCUCACAUUCAGACUAAUCUUUCACCUCACUUUAUCAUGUAAACAUAAUGAGGCUCAUUGAAAACACAACAGUGACGCAGAAACGCUGAAGAUAGAUUCUAACCUCAGCGGUCUGAACCUCAAGAAAUCAGCCGAAGCUGCACACACAGCAAACUUCCCCAGGACACCGUAAAUAACGGCUAAUGACAGCGCUCCAAAAACAACAACAGCAGCACCGGGCCCUAAAUAAAUACAACACUGGAUGACCUUUCUGCUUCCUCCUGAAAAAACUCAUGUUUCAGUGUGACGAAGAGCCAAUUAGAGGAGGGAGGAGGGGCACAGGAACUAACGCCCAAAUUUAGAUUUUUAUGGUUACGUUCAGACUGCAGGUCAACUCUGAUGUUUUAACCAUCUGUGACUCAUAUCUGAUUUUCUCAUCUAAGUGUGAACAGGUCAGUUCUGAUUGGUUCUGAUCUGACCCAGGCCUCUUCUGUAUGUGGAUAUAAAUCAGAUAUGUAUCCGAUGUGACUGCAGUGUGGACGCCCAGGUCGCGUUCAUCCGACCUUUACGUCAUCAAUAUGAGACAAACGUCACCAUUGUUCGACAACACAAACAGGCACGGAAAGUAAUUUGUGCUUUGUGUUCAUGUGGGUCACUUUACGGACACACAUUAGAUGGCGCAUUUAUUGUUGUAAUGUGAACGACCGCACAAAAAGAUCGGAUUUAACAAAAAAUCGGAAUUGUGCAUCAUAACCUGCAGAGUGAACGUAGACGAAGAUUUUAAACAAACUAAAAAAAAAACAGUCCAGGAAAGCUUCAUACUGUACCUCCCUGCAUACAUCAUUAUUAAAGGGAUAUUCUGCUGUAAAAUUAAUUUAGGGUCAAACCCACAGUAACACCGAGUUAGACCCCCCCUCCAGAGAUGAAUGUUGUCGACCGCUUGCUUCUCUAGUUAUACCAACUUUAGUAACGACCACAGGAUAGAAAUACAGAGAGCCACGCCCUCAACCAAAACGCCACUCUAUAGCCACAAAUAAUGCUCAGAACAGCACCUAACUUCAUCAACAGGACAUAUAGGGUCACAUACAUAGUACUAGACACCAAACAUCUUUUUAACUUUGACUCAUUUCUUUAGCAAAGAGACUAAACACAACUCACCUACUCUCUUCCAGCAGACGCUUGUUUGUAGAGAGACCUCAGGCCAGUCCAUUACGGACUACAGCGGGGUGCCGCAGCUCAAGGAAGAACAUUUAUGAUCAUUUCUUCAUGGAAAUACAAUCAGACCGAGACGCUAAGACAGAAGAACUACCGCGUCUGUAAAAUGAUGAAUAUGGUGAUUAUUACUUCAAGGAAAUGAUUAAGUAAAAUAAUUAUGUUUGUGUUCGACCCUAACUUAAUUUUACGCUGGAAUAUCCCUUUAAUGACAGCCCUCCUCUCUACUAUAGGAAACAAUUACAUAACAGGAAAAAACGCCAAAGUCACAUGACUCUAAAUGUGCAACAUGAGCUCCUCUUUUCUGAAAACAAAAUAAUCAAUAUUAUAUGAUAAAUAAAUAAAUAAAUAAACCCUCACUGGAGCUUCUUCAGGGUUACACUGACACUAACUGCAGCCCACAGGCUCCUCCCUCCAGAAUCCGGAGCAUCUAUGCGUUCUCUAUAAUGCAGAAGAUCUGACCAUGAGCUCCUCAUCACAUUUCUAUAUUUAAACCACGCCACACUGAAUCCUCACAGGCGGUGUUUGUUUGCAGCGCGCUCCAACAUUGGUCGCUUGUCUGUUUUCAUUUCCCUGAUGGAGUAGCCGCUCAGUCUGCGCUCGUUGUCCCCGCUGGUCGAUACGUUUCAUUCUGAGCCGAUCUUUGGGACCUGGAUUAAAACACACAGGCUGUUAGCAUCAGUGAGCUCAGGUUGGCGUGAACUGAGUUUGUCAGCAGAGGUCAGAGGUCGGAUCAGACGUGAUGAUUCGUUAGAGAUUGAGAAGGUGAGGAGAUGUUUCCUGCUCUUCAGCUGAGACUUGAGGAUAAGAGGACGCUGAGCUUCUCAGAUGGUGGUGUCCUGAAAACGUGUCUGUUAUAUCAGUGAAGAGAUUCUGAUCUGUGACAUUUACUGACAGUUUAUUCUGAGCCUGAACUGCACAGUUACAUCUGUAAUAUCACAAUAUUUGACAUAAAGCCUGUCGUCGUUUUUUAGGGUUUAUCACAUCAGGGACAUUAACUGGCAAAUUCAGGGAGACCCAGUAUUAGGCCAGUACUGAUACUCUGUAGAGUACUGGUUCUCAACUGGUCUCACUCUGGGACCCACAUUUUCACCAUAGUCCUUCAGUCUCGACCCACUUUUAUAAAAUUCAAACCAAGAAAAUUAAUUUUUUAUUAAAAAAACCUUUAAAGACUCAAAUUUUUAACAUAAAUUCACUGUUUUUAUUGAGUGAAGUGUAUUUCAGAGCAGAUGAACUGAGGACGACAAAGUGUCGUAUACAGAAAAUAUCAAAUUAAACAAAUUAAAGACCAGAAAAAUGAAAAAUGUGACUUAUUUACAUCUCUGCAUUCAGAGCAAAUUCAGACGAACUGAGGAGGACAAAAGUGAAUAAAUAUCAAAUUAAACAAAAUACAGACCAAAAAAAAACAACCAUAUAAUUUUACUGCAUUCAGGCCACAUUAAUAAGAGACGGAGGAGGACCAGGACCUUUCAAAAUAAGAUAUUUUUCAAAAUAAAAGACGUGUAAAACAUCAGAUCCACUUUAAAUAUUUAGUUUUUGACCAGCUGUUCAUGACCCAUCCAGAGCGUGUCUGUGACCCACUUUUGGGUCGGGACCCACCGGUUGAGAACCACAGCUUUACAGUACUGGUACCCAGAUCAGUACCCAGAACCGUAUAAAUGUCAGUAUCUGUGGAACAGUGUGAAUCUGAUGAUGAUGAUGAUGAUGAAGUUUCAGGGUGUGUAGACUUUCAGAGCUGCUUCUCUCAAAUUCUGGGAGAUGGUUUACAGAGGAGGAGAAACAGGGAGGAGAAACAGGGAUGCAGCAGGACUGCAGGAGAACACAUGGGGUGGGGGGGUGGGGGGGCACCUUGCUGCAUUAACAAGCACUGCUGGGAAUUGACUGGGAGCCCACCCACACAGUGACAAACAGAACAGAGGAAACUGCAAGGUUGGCUCCUCCAGUCUGGGACUGCAGCAUCCAUAUUCAUGGACAUGUUUGGGGGGGUCCAGGUUUGGCCUUUACUGCUGGAUUGUUGUUUGGUCGCACACGUCUGCCUGUAACAUAACAAAGGAAGAGAAUACCAAUACAUGAGGACCCCCCCCCCCAGUGGGCUUCAUUCAUACAGCAUUUCCUCCAAAUGAGGGUCCUCAGUGAGACUGUUGAGCCAGAUCUGCUCCCCAGUCAAUACGAGAUAGAGCAGAGGACACACACACACACACACACACACACACACACACACACCCACACCCACACCCACACGGCUGAUAUGAAUCACUGCACAAAUAAACUGGAGUGAAAAUUAGAUUCAGUAUUUGGAUUCAUUUUAUUUCGCUCAGUUCUCGGCCUGCAGCUUAAAUCUGCUCCUCUCAGUACGUUUAAUAUCCUCAUAGAAGAACCGGAGACUCUCAUCCAUUCAUCAGCAUGACUCACAUCAUCUUACUGCUCAUCACGGGUCCAACACUGUCAGCAGAGGAGCUAAAAACAAUCGACUGAACAGCAUGAGUCACUAAAGAGAAACUAGUUUAAACUUUUAAAGCAGAGUGAUAACAGACCUCAUUUAUUCUCAUUUCUAACUGUAAGAGUUUAAAAGUAUGUUUUUUACACCGACAACAGGUGAACUUUUUCACUGACUGUAUCCUUUAUAUAUUUUAUAAUGUCUAAUAACUUUCUUUGCAUUUUCAUAUUUUAGGGAUAAAUUACGUUAAAAUAAAAUCACGUUUAAUGACGAGAAAAUGACCCGAAAUGAAAGAUCUCCGUUUUCUUGUUGGGUCUGUUUCAUUAAAACCUCGAAUCCUGAAUCGUUUCCUGUCAACGUUCUCAGAGUAUGAAAUCGACAUCAACACUUUAAACGAUAAAUCAGAUUUUUCACCACAUAAUAUGUCUGAACUUUAAGCUGUAAAUCUAUUUUUACAUGUCGCUCCUUUAUUUGACAUUUUCAGCUUGAAUCAGUUUCUGCAGGUCUGACUCUGUCCGCUAAUUUAAGAAAACUCAAUUUUUCUAUCAUGUUGGGUUAAUUAGUGUUGUUUAUUUUCUCAUGAUGAUCUUUAGAAUGGUUUAUUUCUCAUGAUUACGAUGUAUAUAGUUGUUUAUUUUUUUCAUGGUGAUGGUGUUUGUAGUCGUUUAUUUUCCUCAUGAUGAGGGUUUUUAUAUUUAUCCAUGUUCUCCUGGUGACGAUGAUUCUACCCGGUUGAUCUCGCUCUGAAAAGCCUCUGAAAGCUCGUCUAUUAUCGGCCCCGGAGCUCUCUGAAGGUCCGAUCUCGUUAGUGCGUCUUGGAGAAGCGUCAGACUUCCUGGUCGUGUUGGAGAGGGCACACAGAUCUAACAGACGGAGCUCCACACAGGUUCACAGGUUGGUUGCGUCCAUUAAAACCAUGUGAUCUCCCUCCCUCUGAUCCCAGUUGGCAGAGCGGCGAGCCUUUUAAAGACAGCGACUGUGGAGAGCAGACACUCGAUGCCCUGUGCCGGCCACCACCAGCUGGGCUUGGCACAGCAUCAACAUUAUUAGCACCGACGCUCUCUCGCUCCAUAGAAGCCUUUUGUGAGGGAAAACAGGCAGCAGGAGAGGGCCUGGGGGAGGGCAGCGAUCACGGAGAAUUCAGGUUUCAUGUCGUCUGUUUGUCUCGACACGGCGAUGAAAAAAUCUGAAGAAGAGCAGCAGCGAUGGAUUAAAAUGUUAAAGAGAAUCAUCCCUCACUCUCCUCAGUCAAUAACAUCCUCACAUUCAGCCGCACACUUCCUCCACAGUCAUGCUGGACGGCGCCUCCUGAUGGUAUAUAGGAUAAUAAAAGGCUGUGCAAUCAGGGACUACAACCAUCAUCAGAUCACUAUCAUACAGUCCACCCCGGGAGCUGUGUGUGUGUGUGUGUGUGUGUGUGUGUGUGUGUGUGUGUGUGUGUGUGUGUGUGUGUGUGUGUGUGUGUGUGUGUCAUGGUCACACUUAUGCUCAGGGAUAUUGGCUGGCCUUGGGAGGUCUUGGCGAGUUAUCAUCCUUCUUGGAGAGCUGGGCCAGCCCCCCUAAACACACACACACACACACACACACACACACACACACACAGACACACACACACUCACACACACACACAUGGAUCUAUUCUUUAUGGUGUGUAUAUAGUGUGAGCGUCUACUGUAUAGUAUCCAUUUAGAUGGAAAACUGUGUCCAUGACAGAGAAUAGAGCUCUGUGUAGAGAGAGAGAGAGAGAGAGAGAGAGAGAGGUGGAGCUUCAGACAAAAACACAAACACUGAGACACACAAACACACAAACACAACACUGAGGUGGACUCAACAGUUUCCAGAACAUUCAGGGCAGAAAAUAAGAAGUAGGACUACAACUACACACAACUGAAAUCCCACUGUCACUGCUGUUAGCGUGGGACUCUGACCCCCGACCUCCACCUUCAUCCUGAUCGUCUCCUAAAAGGUCGUAUCCUCCGAUCCAUGAAAUCCGGAGAAAUAUUACAUACAUGUCAAAAACAGGACUAAAGGACUGUUUUUGUUUCAACAUGUUUCAGUGAAAUGAAAACAAAGUGCAGCAGCAGAAAGGAGGACACAUUAAACACAACAACAUGUCAGACCGGAUUAGUUUAAAUCGUUAGUUCAGAUUUGCUCGUGGGAAUAAUUGUGAUGAGUUUUAAUGUGCGAUUUAAAAUAAUAAGAAUGAAGCUGAGUGGGACUCUGAGCGUUAGCUGUUUGUAAAAUGACUCAUAGACUAGAAUAAAGACAUUCAGAGACGUGGAGGUCAUGUGUGUGUUUGAUGAUUAACAGAAACUGUGCUGAUGUCUUUAGAGAAAUUAUAAUGAGAAAUAAAAAUAAAGUCUAAAGAAGAAAAAAGGAAUAAUAAUAAUAAUGGAGAAGUUGUAGUGAAGUUGAAGGUCUGAUCCUCCAGCAGUGACCCUGAGACCUGGUCAGUGUUCAGAUGGAUUAACACAGUCUGAGCUCUAAUGUUGACUUUUCUCUCUUUAAGUUAAAACACGUUUUUUUUUAAUUCAGUCUGAUUUAUAAAACGUUUUUAUUUUGGACAUUUGUGGGCGGAGCUGCUGGACCAGGACAGAGUCUGAGAAGGGGGCACCUACUGGUGGUUUUAGCUGGCUGGGGGUAAAUUAAACAGGAAGAGGAGAGGCCAUCAUGUCAAACAGCCACUUAAUCAGCUGUAGGUUAGGCAGCGUGGUGCUAAUGAGGGAGGACCAUGGAGAGGACGACGCUGCCAACGGCACGCUGCUGCUGCCAGAAAGGUCUGCUGGGAAACCAGGUUUAACUGUAGAGUUAGGGACAUUAGAUAACAUAUUAAUAUGAUAAUAACAGGAAAUACAUGAUCUGAUGAGUGAGUUUGACUUCUGUGGGUUUUUGUGUUGAACUGAGAGGUUAAAUUUUAAUAUUUAGAGUUUUUCCGAUCGUUCGAGCCGUUUGUCGUAUUUUCUUCUGUGUUUGUGUUUCUAAUCUAUUUCAGUUGUAAUUGUCCUGAAGUCUUGUGGUGUGUCCUGAAUCACAUACUUCCAAACUAAAUAAUUGGAUUUUUUAAAUUGAGUAUACUAAGUACAGUUUGUACUCAAUCACACAGUGUGUGAGUUUCAAAGGUGCAGUGCCGUCCCACAUCGUAGACUGCGGCGCGGCGCACUCACCGGAAAUGACGACGCGAUUUUCCUCAUGUCUGAACAUUUAUUGUGCAUAACAGAAAAAUAACAAACUAUUAACAUAUAAAAAAAUUAGAAGAAGAAAACUAAAGAGACUCUGUUUACAUAUUAAACAUCUGGAACUCUGUAACUAAAGGUAAACUAUUUACAAAUUAAUCAUUUAAAACUAGAAACUAUUUACAAAAAUCUGCUUUUUAAAUAUAUUGUAUAUAAUAUAUAAAAUAUGAAUAUAAUACAAAAUAUAAAGGCAACUUAUUACUUACAUCUUCUCAGAGCUCCCAGGUCGACCGUCGCCGACUCACUGUCCGCCGCCGUUCUUACCGAUGAGAUGAGUGCGGGCGAGUGUCCGCAGUCGGAUACUCAAAAUCUUGACUGAUUUGAGUUCGUCAUCCGGGUACUUUUGCAAACUCAAUCUUCACAUAUUGUCCAUCCUUUUUUUCAUUGUUGGCUAUAAAUUGUUUGUUUCUAUAAAUAGAAGAAGUCGUAGUCAGUGGCGGGUGUGUUGGCUGCUGGAGGAGCAAACAGGUUUUUGAUCAUCAUCUACAUCUUCAUCAUCCUGUCGUCGCCGUUUGUUGGAAUUUGCUUCGUCUUUAUUUUGCGUUUGGUUUGUUUACAAAAGAAGAAUAAAGAAGGAAAACGUGACUUUGACGAACCGUUUCAUUUACACCUGGAAAACAACAGACACGGCUAUCUUAGACCUCAGUGGCUCUUUGGAUAAUUUCAGCAGGUGAAAUUAAGUCACAUCACCAAUAAUCAAAUAUCUAUAAAUCAAUAAUCGUUCAGUUUUCUGUGAUUCUGUUAAAGCAGCUGUCCUGUUACUCUGCAUAUAUCAUAUUUAAUAAAAACUGGAGAGUCACACCUUUGUAAAAACGUAGAAACUUUUGGACAUUUUCAUCUGAAACUUUCUGCUCCUCAGAGAACAGACGAACAUUUCUGGGUCAUAAUCUGGAACACUAGAAGCUCGUCCACGUUCACUGAUGUUCACAGUCAGAUCUAGUGUAGAAAAUGAACCUUCAAUACAAAGAGUUUGUUUGUUUGUUUGUUAGUUUCUAAAAAAAGGUUGAGGUCUAAAGAUGAAGACGUUUGAUUUUCUUUGACAUAAAUGGAUUAUCUAAGAUCCCAGAGGAGGCCGUAUUCACUCUCUAAUAUGAUGACUGUGCUUCAGUAAAACUACAGGAACCCUGAUGGAGUAUAUAGACAUACGUCACAUAGAUCUGCUCCUCCUCUCACGGCUCCCUAUGGCCCUUUUUGUUUAAACUCAAAAACUCUGCGGAGUCGUCCUUUAUCCCCUUUAAAGUGCGUUUAAAUCUACAAUAAAACCAUGAAGGCGCUUUCACAUAAAUCCGGAGCAAUCAUCGGAUCUGUUACCCAGGGGUCCGCACUGGAAGAAACCCGUCUCACUUCCCUGUGACACAAAAAAAAAACCUCAUUUCAAAGAAAGUACAACCCGGCUGCUGUGUCGCCUCUGCAUGUGGAAACGCAAUGUGAGAAAGGGAUUAAACCUCCAACGCACAAAAGAAAGAGCGGAAAAAUGGCAGUGACGGCGCUGGCAGAGCCCCCCUGUAUACCCACACGGAGUGACAUUCAUGCAGAGCUCAGAGAAAUACUGUAGAGAGGAGAAGAAGAAGACACAGGGAGAGGGAGACAAAAGGGAGGGUGGGGGGAGAGAGAGGAGUAGACUGGGGCAGAAUAAGGCCGUCAGAGGGAUGCAGAGAGACAGAGUGGAAAAGUUUGGGACAGUGAGAGAGAUUGCACUCGGCUGAGCCGUCGCCGCCGCCGCCGCAGCCGCAGUCACCCGAGGCUUUUCUUUUCCCACCAGAAUGAUCUGACACGGCCUGCUCUCCCCUCUCUGCCAGCAGGCCUGAAACAGACAUAAUAUGCCCCAUAAAUCACACGUCACAUUUCACUGUUUUCCACUUCCUCUCAUUUUUCUACCAGAAGUGCAAGUUACACAAUUUUCUGUGCGCUCCAGUCAGUUUCAUCACCCAGAGUCUGACAUAAAUCAGCAACGCCACAAAUAUAUUCAUACAUGACGACCACGCUGCAGCCGUCCAAUCAGAACAGAGUACAACUGUUAUGCUAGCAUAUCAUAAACCAGGCGCUGUAACAUACCUUAGUUUAACCACAGGAAUCAGCUGAUGUCCCUCUGCUCCUCCUCCUUUGUCUCUAUGGCUGCAUCUUAGUUAAAGGGAUAUUCCGGCGAAAAAUUAAGUCAGGGUCAAACACCGAGUUAGACCCCCCUCCAGAGAUGAAUGUUGUAAAUAUCUAUAAACAUCAUUUCUUCAUGGAAAUACAAUCAGACCGAGACGCUAAAACAGAAGAACUACCGCGUCUGUAAAAUGAUAAAUAUGGUGAUUAUUACUUCAAGGAAAUGAUAAAGAAAUGAUCAUAAAUGUUCCUCCUUGAGCUGCGGCACCCCGCUGUAGUCCGUAAUGGACUGGCCUGAGGUCUCACUACAAACAAGCGUCUGCUGGAAGAGAGUAGGUGAGUUGUGUUUAGUCUCUUUGCUAAAGAAAUGAGUCAAAGUUAAAAAGAUGUUUGGUGUCUAGUACUAUGUCUGUGACCCUAUAUGUACUAACCUCAGUAGAACAUGGUGUAGUUCCGUUCAGUAACAGAACCUCAUUAGAAAAUUAGCUGAUUUAACUUUACUGUGCUCUUGUUCAAAUAUAUUAACUCGACAGCACAUAUAUUCAUACCUGUUAACAAAAUCAUGAUUUUAUUGAUAAUUCGGCUCAAUAAAAACACCUUUACCUUUUCAUUUUACUACAGUAGAAGUUUAUUGGCCCAGAUUAUAGACUACAGAGGUGGAGAAACGUUGGUAUAAGUAUGUGUUUGACCCUAACUUAAUUUUACACCUGAAUAUCCCUUUAAGAAGAGUCUACGGUCAGAUUAUCAGUGUUUAACCAGUUUAUAAUCCAGAACAUGAUAACAGUAAUCCUGAGGGUCACAUUACAGUCUGACUGUAAACAGAGAGAGAAAAGGACAUUUUAACUUUGUGUUCAUGAAGGAAACAGACAGACUCAUGUUUUAUUAUAAAGGCUGGUCUAUAAACGCUUCCUGCUGUUAGACGACAAACGAAAUGUCCAUCUAAACUCUGAGUCUUAGUUUAAUCAUGAAGUUUACUGUCUGUUAGUGGAUGUUUUUAUUUGACUUUAAACAUCUCUAACAGUUAUCAAACUGAAAACCUCUAAUCUUUAAAGCAGAAACCUGUUGGUGCCAAAGAGGAAAAUUGUGUUUUAAUAAUUUCUUAUUUAUAUUUAUACAUAUUUGAUUUUUCUUUAAACAUCUGUAACAGUUAUCAAACUGAAAACAGAGAAGUCCAGAUCCGGAUCAGUUUGUUAAAUCGUCUCAGUUAAAGGUGAGUUAAAGUCCGAUGUGUGUGUCGUCCAUAAUGAGCCGAGUUUCCUUCAGGUUUCCCUUCUCUGUGUGAGAGUUUCGUCAUGAUAAAACACACAUAUAUCAUCUCUCUCAGCAGGGGGCCCGUGGCUGUUGUGAUUGAAGUCCAAAUUAUAAAUCAGCGAGUAUCUCUCACAGAAAACUGCUCGUCCUGUAAAGAUUUAAUUGCUCAGAAUCAAAAGGUUUAAAGUCCGUGAUUUUUUUCCUGAGUGGAUUUUUUUCACCCACAGAGCGCCGAGGCAGAAACACGUAAAAAAAAACGAGGGAAUGAAAUGAAUAAUUACCUCGGUCUUCUAUCAGAUCAUCAAACCCCCCAUGGGUCUGUCUGCGAUCUGAGGGCAGAGUGACUGCAGCUCCAAGAAAACAAUGAGCUCCUCUCUCUCUCUCUCUCUCUCUCCCUGCUGACGCUCUGACUCUGACGCUGAUGGCAACGCUGCCGGUGUGUGUGUGUGUACGUGUGUGUGUGUACAUGUGUGAGUGUGUGUGUGGUGUUGCUCCAUGGCUGGCAGCUGCAGCCCAGUGAUGCAUGCUGAAUAACAGGUCAGUGCUAAUCUCAUUAAGGCUAAUCAGAUGUAUAUGAUAUGUAUAAACAGUGGAGCUCCACACCGAACACAGGCAGCCACAGUGCACAACCACGGGUUAUUCAGUGUGUGUGUGUGUGUGUGUGUCUGUGUUUGUGUGUGUGUGUGUGUGUGUGUGUGUGUUUUGAGGAAUUCUGCAGAGAGGAUGACUGAUUGCAAAAAGGUGAGACGAGAAAGAGAGACGCCGUUUUUCAGGAGCAACAUUAGCGGAGGAGUUAUGGAAUUAUGCACAGGUGGAGAGAUGGUGUGAAUACUGAUGCAGUAAAGAGGAAUAUAUUUGUGUAAACACACACACACUUACACACACUCACACACACUGACACACACACACAGCAGGUAGAUCAGUGGAUCCUGCAGCUCACCUGUUCUAAAUGAGGAAACUGCAGAAACCACGACAAAUGAGGCAGAGCUCAGGGAGGCUCACACACUGAGCUUAGUCUGUGUGUGUGUGUGUGUGUGUGUGUGUGUGUGUGUGUGUGUGUGUGUGUGUGUGUGUGUGUGUGUGUGUGUGUGUGUGUGUGUGUGUGUGUGUGUGUGUCCUCCUAAUUGCUGCUUCCAUGUGUCUUUAAAUCUGAAUGUUGGUCACGUAUCAUGUUCAUAAAAGAGGGGGAUGAGCAGAGAUGAACGAAGACAUCAGGCGCCUGGACAGCGAGAAAUCAGACGCCAAAUAAGAGCAGAGAUGUGCUGAAGUGAUCUGAUUGGUGAAGCUGCCAUGUUGCCCCGCCUCCUCUGCUAGUCGAAGCAGAAAAGAUAGUUCGCUAGCUAGCUAUCAAUACUAAAUAAAGUAAAGAUCAAAUUAUCAAUGUGACGGAAAAGGAAACCAAAGAAAAGUUGAUUCGCCACAAAUCAGAGACAGGAGACAAAGAAGGUUAACUCGAGAGUUUUUUAUUGUUAUUGUGUUUAUGGGAGAAGCUCAUGAUGACGUCGUUAACAAGAUUGAUCAUUUUUCUAUUUAGAUUUUAAAGCCCUAAACGUGAGAAUGGUGAGAUUUGAGGAUUCCUGGGAUUUCCACCGCAUCCGAAACAGCUGCAAUUUUCGCCGUACGCAAAGUCCUACCAAAUCCAUUUGUGAGACGAGUUUCGUGGCAGAUUACGAACAGUGGUAAUCACCAGAACUCACAAGAACCUGCAGAUUCACGUUCAAUCGCACAAUAACGAGUUGUCUCUCUAAAGACAGACACAUAGACAUAUAAGCAGUAGAUUGUGUCCUUCCAGAAGAGGAAAUCUACUUCUAGACUUCUAGAAUCAGCAUCUCCUCAUCCAUGGUGUCAUCGGGGUGAAAUGACGUCUAAAAACCUUUCACUUGUUCGUCUCCGCCCGUUUGCAUGGUGUGAAAUACGAUCCUCCUGAAACAUGGAGUGUUUUAUUUUGAAAAGAAGCCGGAUGUUUUAUUUUGAAGUCUGUGCCCGACUUCCUUUCCAGCACGGGUUAAAUGUAGGAUAAGAUGAGUAAUAUUACUUUGUCCACAGGGGGGCGCACAAACUAAAAAGUUCCUCACAGGAGCUUUAAAAGACGAUGAAAUACAACCAAAGGAGGGAUUUAUGAUUGUAAAAGAGAGAGAGGCAGAAACUCGACCAGAACUUUAGAACUGUAAAUAAACUGUAAAUAAACUGUAAACAAACUCUCUAAGUGUUCACAGAAACUAACUUCAUAUUUGAAUGAUUUUACUUUACAUGAAGCAGACGGACUGAGAGGUCUCAGGUGUGGGUGUUUAAAGGUUCGAGUCUUCCUUUCCUCUCUCUCUCUCCUCUCUCUCUCUCUCCCUCUCUCCCUCUCUCUCUCUCUCUCUCUCUCUCUCUCCCUCUCUCUCUCUCUCUCUCUCUCUCUCUCUCUCCCUCUCUCUCCCUCUCUCCCCCCCUCUCUCUCUCUCUCUCUCCCUCUCUCUCUCCCUCUCUCUCUCCCUCUCUCCCUCUCUCUCCCCCUCUCUCUCUAUGUCCUCGGGGGUUCAGAUUGGUUUCACUUAAAGCACUUAAACAGCCCACAGGACUCGUGCUCGGCUCGGAUAUAAACAUCAAGAUCGUUCUUGGAUUGUUUUUAAAUUGAAUGCAAUCUGCCAGAGCCGUGAGCCAUCAUUUCACUCUUCCUCCCUCCUCCUCCUCCUCCUCCUCCUCUCUUGAUCUCUCCGUCUUCCUCUUGAUGCCAGCGUCUUUUUGUUUCCAUCACAAAGGGAUUUUGAGGAAUUGUUCUGCUCCAAAGACAAGUAGGAAGAAGAUCUCUGCCAUGCAAAUCAUCCGAGCCGUGACAAUAUUUGAUAUAUCACAGCGAUCAGAUGUUAAAGGGGGGGAGGGGUUUCUAGGUUUGGUGGUAAACGUCAGCUGACUCUUGUUUAGACUGUAAACCUGUUAGAGGUGAUAUCAGCAGGUCUCCUCAUGGUUCUGGAUCUGUACGGGGUCUCCUGGUCUGAACUGAGUCACUCAUCAAACCAGAUUUUCCCAGAUGUCCUUUUAGAGUCCCUCAUAAUUAAGUAAAAAAACAAAAUAAACUCUCAGACUUCAGUGUCGUGGACGUCAUAAACCCUCAGAUUUCUGCUCGUUUAUCUCAGCGCGUCUUUAAAGAGUCUGCAGACCGACAGGAACGGGAUAAUACCGAUCAAUUUAAGAGAAGAAGAGUAACUGAUGUUUGAGGAAGGAUUAAAGGUCAAAUCUGAAGUCUGAGAGGAAGGAAGGAAGGAGGGAAGGAAGGAAGGACAGAGGCUGUAGGUUUAAUUUGAAUAACAUGAAGUCACAGUCGAACCUGAAUCUGCUCGACGCUGAUUUAUCGAAUAAAUGAAACACAGAUGAUCAAUGACAGUAACAUGAUAAUUCAUGACUCUGUUUCUACUGUAAAAGCUCUUUUUAUGUGUUUUAACUAAAAGUUUGUAAAUUACCUUCAAACUGCAGCUGAAAGGAUUAUAACUGGAUCAAAGAAAAGGGACCAUAUCAGCCUGAUUUUAUCUUCCCUUCACUGGUGACCAGGAUCCAUUUAAAGAUUUUAGUUCUUGUUUUUAGAGUCCACCCUCGUACGUCACUGAGCUCCUGAGACCCUCCUCCUCCUCACGGUCAUUAAGGUCAUCUGACCACAAACUCCUGAUGGUCCCUCGCGCCCGUUUUAAAACACGAGGUGACCGCUCUUUCCAGGCCAGCGCCCCUCACCUCUGAACGCUCUACCACUGACCUUACGCAGCGAAGAGUCGACUGACAGUUUUAAAAAAGAACUUAAAACCUCUUUUUAGACAGACUUUUAACUGAUCUCUGUGAAGCUGCUUAUAUCUGUUAUUAAAUCUGUUUCUCUGUAUUUUACUGCAUUUUAUCCUCGUUGUGAAGAACAAAAAUUAAAUUUACUUACAAUCAAACAGAAAAUAUGUCUGUAGAAUGAAAAACAAAUGAGGAUCUAUUCAGUCCUGUCCGUCUGUUAUUUCUGUCUGUCUGUAUCUGUCUGUAUCUGUGUGUCUGUCGUUCUGUCUGUAAUUCUGUCUGUAUCUGUCUGUAUCUGUCUGUGUCUGUCUGUGUCUGUAUUUGCUGACAGAAUAAUUGGAUGAUCGGAUCAUGUGAUGAAUUUUCCCUUCUGAGGAGAAAAUUCUGUUUUCGGUUUAUUGGCAGAUUUCAGAACUUCUCCUUCUAUUCAAGACGGAGAUUAUAGACUCUCUCACUAAUCAGCUUUGGCCAUAAACACCACAACACACACACACACACACGCACACACACACACACACACACACACACACACACACAGCAGCAGCAGCAGCAGCUCUCCCGUCCUCUGAUCUGCUGUCUUUGACAUCAGCAGACACUCCAGGAGAUCUGAGAGGGAGAGAAACAUGAACAAUGGGCCCACCUCCUCCUCCUCUUCCUCCUCCUCCUCUUCCUGCUCUUCCUCUUACUCCUCUUCCUCUUCCUCCUCUUCCUCUUCUUUUCCUCCUCCUCCUCCUCCUCCUCUUUCUCUUCCUCCUCUUCCUCUUUCUCCUCCUCUUCCUCCUCCUCCUCCUCCUCUUUCUCCUCCUCCUCCUUCCCUUUUCCUCCUUCUCCUGCUCUUCCACUUUCUCCUUCUCAUCUUCCUCCUCCUCCUUUUCCUCAUCUUUCUAUUCUUCUUCCUUCUCUUCCUCUUCUUUUCCUCCUCCUCCUCUUCCUCCUCCUCCUCCUCUUCCUCUUCCGUCUCCUUCUCUUCCUCCUCUUCCUCCUCCUCCUCCUCUUUCUCCUCCUCCUCCUUCCCUUUUCCUCCUUCUCCUGCUCUCCCACUUUCUCCUUCUCAUCUUCCCCCUCCUCUUCUUCCUCCUCUUCCUCUUCUUUUCCUCCUCCUCCUCCUCCUCCUCUUCCACAUAGAUUCUGCAGAUCCUCCUCUGCUCUUAUAGAAAUCACACACAGAACCUAAAGCGCAGCGUCUCUUUGGACUCCAGCUGUGCGCCCCGGCCCGGUCCAUUCCCGGUUCAGACCCGGUUUAGUCCUGGUUCAGUCCUGGUUCAGACCCAGUUCAGUCCCGGUUCCGGCCCAGUUCAGUCCCAGUUUAGUCCCGGUUCAGACCCGGUUUAGUCCUGGUUCAGUCCUGGUUCAGACCCGGUUUAGUCCUGGUUCAGUCCUGGUUCAGACCCAGUUCAGUCCCGGUUCCGGCCCAGUUCAGUCCCAGUUUAGUCCCGGUUCAGACCCGGUUUAGUCCUGGUUCAGUCCUGGUUCAGACCCGGUUCAGACCCAGUUCAGGCCCAGUUUAGUCCCGGUUCCGGCCCAGUUCAGUCCCGGUUGAUCCCCCUCGACAGCGGGUUCUUCCACACAGACCUUCCAUCUGCUCUCAGAGUCAUUCUUCAUCCUCGCAGGUUUGGUCAUCCAGGACUUGUCAAAUAAGAUCAGCGCCGAGUGUUUGGGUCUGUGCAAGAGCGUGGAGAGAGGAUGUGAGCGGAGCGGUAAUAUGUUGACCCGGGUGAGUGUGGAGAGUCCUGAAGAGCGAGCGCAGACAGGAAGUGGCGUGUGAAGAUAAAUCUCAGCGUGUCAGUGAGCUCGCUCUCCUUUGAUGACUUCUUUCAGGGGUUAUAUUCACGCCGUUCACUCAGGCGAGGGUCACGCUCCUCCUUUGUGCCGUGGUUAGCCUGUUACUCUAAGUCCUCCAUCUGCACCAGCUCCUCUUUUUGGCGAGCCGACACCCCCAUCAGGAGCCAUUCGUCUUGGCGGUGACAGGCCCCGCCCUCCGCUGAGAGACUCUCUGGUUCCCUCAGACGGCGUUCAGGUUUUUUUACUAACAGGCUGAGACACUGUGGCGUUUGUGGGGGGGGGGGUGGGCAUUUACCGCCUGGCGUUCCUCCUAAUUUAUGUUCCCCGACUAAACCGAGUCACCCGAGACUCGGCGGCGGGCGCACCUUCCUCCGCUCCUCCGCAGGUGAACAAAUGGAGCGCUGAGAGGUCGGUCAUGUGGACAGAUGAAUCGGCACGUGUUGUAAAAACGUCUAAUGAUAUAACCCUAUUAUCUGUUUGCAGACGGACGCGGCGCUGAUGUAUGACGCCGUACACGUGGUGGCGGUGGCAGUGCAGCAGUCCCAGCAGAUCACCGUCAGCUCCCUGCAGUGUAACCGACACAAACCGUGGCGCUUUGGGGGGCGUUUCAUCAGCCUCAUCAAAGAGGUACAGUACCAUCUAUAUAUACACCUCAUGGUGACCUUUGACCUUUGGAAUCCGCUGAACGGUCCUGAUUUGGGAUAUUUAAGUCAAACGAGGUCUGAUGUAAAGGUCUGGUCUGGAUCAGGAUGGUCCAGAUCUGCUGUGAGCAGGUUCUCAAAGUCUUUCAGAGACAGACAGUCUAAUGAGAGUCCAGACCUGGUCCACAGAGAUCCUCCUGAUAGUUCCUCUGAACUCGUUAUUAAGAUUUAAGAUUAGCGAAUUAAUCCAGAGUCUGAUCACAACCCCCCCAAACCCUAACCUCAGGAACCUCAUAAACCUCAGGAACCCGAACCUCAUCAUGACCCGAACACCUCUGGACCAGCACUGAUGUCAAAACCUGUUUUUAAACCUCCAUCAUGAGGAUUUCAGGACAUUUAAACAGGAAAAUCAAGAUUUAUAUUUAAUAUGUUAUAUUAGUCAUAGAAGUUCAGAUUUAUAUCUAUAUAUAUUUAUGACAUUAUAAAAUUUAUAAUAAUAAUGAUGAAAAUAAUAAGAAAUUUUAUUUAUAAUGCGUUUUUACAGGUGCUCAGAGACGCCUUACGAAGAAAAAAAACAAGAAAAAAAAUUUAAAAUACAGAAAAUUUUGAGAAAUAAUACCAACGAUGUAAAAGGUUAAAAAGACACAAAACAUAAAUCCUGAUUAUAAAUAUAUAAUAAAAAACCUUAUUUACAUCAUAUUUCACAUACAUCCUGAUUUAUAUUUAAAUUUUAUACUAAAUAUAUAAAAUAAGUCCAGAUUUAUAUCUAUAAAUAUCUUUAUAAAGCCUGAUUAAUAUUGAAAAAUUUAUUCAAUAUACAAUAAUUCCAGAUUUAUAUAUACAUCUGACAUAAAUCCUGAUUUUAAAUAAUAUGAUAUAAAUCCUGAUUUAUGUUAUAUUAUAUUAUAUUAUAUUAUAUUAUAUUAUAUUUAACAUCCUGAUUUUGAAUCCUAAUCCUCACAGUCCUCCUCCAGAUUUUUCAGCUGCACUAACAGUUGAAGUUAAAUCACUUGAUGAUUUUUUCGAUCCUUUAUUCUUAAAAGAAUUUUGAUCCAGUUCUUCCUCAGAUGACCGCUUAAUGACUUGGACCUGGUACUGACCUUUGACCCAGUUGGCCCUCCUGUUAUUUAAAUAUUAAAAACUACAUUAGUGUCUCUAAACUGUGUUUUUGUCAAACCCAUCCUCUCCUCGAUCGUGUAAUCGCCUCAUUAUUAGAGUAACUCCAUGUUUUUUUGUGAUGUUAUAUCCCCCCCCCGUGUUGGUAUCAAAGCCUGGGCCCGUCUCCUUAACUCUAGUCCGGGUCAGCGCCGGCUUUGUUCUCCAAAGGUCUUUUUUUCUGAGGAUGGUAUCAUUGCAGGUAAUUUUCAGAAUGAGCCUGUUGUAGCUGCUGCUUCUUCCUCCUCCUCCCCUCCUCCUCCCUCGAUCAGCCGUCUGUUCCUCCAGCAGCUUUGAAGUGAAACUUCAAGCACAAUGAAGCACAUGCAUAAUGAACUCUUACCUGUCAGAGCCGCUCCUUUAUUGUUUCUUGUUAUGUUGUGGAGAUCGACGGCGAGGGGAGAGGCAGACAGAAUGAGUAAUUGGGAUGAAAAGUUUGAGGUGAGCUGAGGGAUUGAUAUCGUUGAGGAGGAGGAUUUCUUAAGGUUAAUGGACUGAGUGGAUCAGAACCGCAGGACUCCGGGUGAUUCUGCUGCUGUCUUCUUCUUCUGUCUGCAGGCGCACUGGGACGGUCUGACGGGACGAGUUCUCUUCAACAAGACCAACGGGCUGAGGACGGACUUCGACCUGGACGUCAUCAGUCUGAAGGAGGACGGGCUGGAGAAGGUGGGUCUUCAUGUGGUCCGGUCCGAGUCUUACAGGAUCUGGGUCUGUAAAGACCAGACCUGAUGGUUCUGAUUGACUCUGAAUUAUGUCCACAGAUCGGGACGUGGGACCCUCCCAGCGGUCUGAACAUGACCGACACUCACAAAAGCAAGACGGCCAACAUCACCGACUCCCUCGCCAACAAAUCCCUGCGAGUUUCCACCAUCCUGGUACCGGAACGAUCUCGACCCGCUUUACUCACAAACAUACAGAAUACCGAUCAGACUGACGUACUUCCCUCUCUGUCCUGCAGGAGGAGCCCUACGUGAUGUUUAAGAAGUCCGACAAACCUCUGUACGGGAACGACCGAUUCGAGGGUUACUGCAUCGACCUCCUCAGGGAGCUCUCCGCCAUCCUGGGCUUCCGCUACGAGGUGCGACUGGUCGAGGACGGGAAGUACGGCGCUCUGGACGAGGGCGCAGGCCAGUGGAACGGCAUGGUGCGGGAGCUCAUGGACCAUGUAAGUGGGCCGGCGCCACAAUCCUGACCCGUGUUUUAUUUUGAAAAGAAGCCGGAUGUUUUAUUUUGUGUCUGUGCCCGACUUCCUUUCCAGCACGGGUUAAUCUGUGCUGAAUUUAUCCGCCAUGCUCCGGCGUCCAGAAAAAACAGAACUCUUGUGAUCAGCUGAGGAGUCCGGCGAUCCGCAGAGGAACGGAAAGAAGUCGGUGUAAAUUGACACGUUAACUUGAAUGGUUACGAUCAGCUACGAUGAGGGUUUAGUAAUUGUACUGUUUCUUCGGUCGUCAUGGUUUCGUACCGUCUCCUGUCUUCAGUCUGCAGUUUCCAUCCCUGGUGGAUGUUGUCGUCAUCAUUUUACCGUUAUCCUGCUCUCUUCACUCGAUCCUUUACAGCUGAGAUAUUUCGGUUUAUUUUAACAAAGUGAAAUUAUAGUUAUUAUGAUAAUAUUAUGUUAUUUUUAGGCCAUAAUCUGUGAAUUUAGGAGGACUUGAACCUUAACCCAGAGUGAACUCAGCAGCGGCGGUGAGGUUUGGAUUUGUCAGAAUAAACCUGAAUGUUUGAUGAAGAAUUAUGUCAGCGAGCGUUUGUUCAUUAAGAGUUAAUCCUUAAUCCUAAAACCGUCAUCUGUGACAUCACAGAUUAAUAACGUGUCACUUCCUGAAGAAGAUCUCAGGUAACCCUCUCUGAACAAACGCCUCUCGCUGUCGUCUCUCUUUAAGUCGGCGCUCUUCCUCUCCGCUCAUUUAUCCAGCGAACGGCCCGUCGACAGGAAUCAGAUCUUAAUUUGGUUGCCGCUCUUUUAUUGCUGCGCUCUAACACCUGCCCCUCUCCACAUCCUUUAUCCGAUUGCAGAAAGCGGACCUGGCUGUGGCUCCUCUGGCCAUCACCUACGUCAGGGAGAAGGUCAUCGACUUCUCCAAGCCCUUCAUGACGUUGGGGAUAAGUAUCCUGUACCGCAAGCCCAACGGCACCAACCCCGGGGUCUUCUCCUUCCUCAACCCCCUCUCGCCCGAUAUCUGGAUGUAUAUUCUGCUGGCUUGCUUGGGUGUCAGUUGUGUGCUGUUUGUCAUAGCCAGGUAACAUGUCAACCCUCUCCUCUUCUCCUCCUCCCCCUCAUCACUUCCUCCGCUUCCUUACCUCCUUCCUGUUCGCCUGCUUUCACCAACACGCCGCAGCAGCAGCGGUGGCUCCCUCAGGGCCUUCAGAGAGGAAGUCACGCAGAGAGAAAAUCACUGAGCUCUCAGUUUGAGGAGAAAGAGUCUCUGAGAUAACUGGAGGGAGGAGCCGCUGAAGUCGAGCUGAGGUGGUCGUUUUCAUCACCUGAGUUUACGAUCAUUAAAGAUGAAGACGAUCACCUGAGAGAAACUUCAGGGGCUCAGAGUCAGACAGACAAACAGACAAACAGACAAACAGACGCAGUCCUUCUAUGAACAUCAGCGUAAAGACAAUUAUUAGUCUGAGUCAGAGCGAUGAAACAUUAACGGUGUUGUAGUCAGGAUCUGAGUUAGUUCCAGUUUUUAGGAGAAAUCUUGAAUGUAAACUCUACCCCUCCAACCAGUUUUCCCCUCAGCUCCUCCUCUCCUCUUAAGCCCCGCCCACAAACAGACGCUCCUGCUCACUCGUAUCGUUCCAAUUAAAUUCAGAUAUAAUGCAGAUAAAUACUUCAGAUCAUUACAAAUGGGGCCCAGUCAAGGUGAAAGUCAAAAGCAUUGGUGCUACUGUAGAUGCCAACAGACUACCAGCAAACACAAUGUUUGCAGGACUUCUACAACGAGGAUAAAGUGACAUAGUCCAGGACCCGAGGGAGGACAGUUUAGCGAUGGCGCUACAACACGCUACAGCAGGUCCGUUUGACAAGAAACACUUCUGUUACAGACACUUGUCUUACUUUGUUAAAGCGGUUUACCUGUCCAGCAGAAAGGUUACAGGGUCACCAAGAUCCCCAAGCGUCCCCCAUGGUUUAUGUUGACCCGGCUUUUUAGCUCUUGUCCGGUCUACCUCCGUUUUAAGCGCCCGUUAUUCCUCCAGAGUCUCCGGUAUUUACUUUGUUUUCUUGCUUGUGUCGGCAGUCGUGGCCAAAGGAGGAUUCAGACAAUUUUCCGAACUUUCUGGUUGGUUUCUACUGUCCGAUAUUGUAGCACGCUAACUUUGUUUGGGCUCCUGAACGACACGGGGGAGCAGCAGUUUCUUGCUGACUGUUUUCUUGUUGAUUGUUUUCUCGUUGACUGUUAUCUUGCUGACUGUUUUUUGUUGACCAUUUUCCUGUUGACUGGUUUGGUGUUGACUGUUUUCUUGCUGACUGUUUAUGUUUGAGUGUUUUCUUGCUGACUGUUUUCUUGUUGACUGUUUUCUUGCUGACUGUUUUCUUGUUGACUGUUAUCUUGUUGACUGAUUAUGGUUGACGUAUUCUUGUUGACUGUUUUCUUGUUGACUGUUUUCUUGUUGACUGUUUUCUUGUUGACUGUUUUUUGUUGACUGUUUUGGUGUUGACUGGUUUGGUGUUGACCGGUUUGGUGUUGACUGUUUUCUUGCUGACUGUUUUCUUGUUGACUGUUUAUGUUUGAGUGUUUUCUUGCUUGUGUCGGCAGUCGUGGCCAAAGGAGGAUUCAGACAAUUUUCCGAACUUUCUGGUUGGUUUCUACUGUCCGAUAUUGUAGCACGCUAACUUUGUUUGGGCUCCUGAACGACACGGGGGAGCAGCGUCUGCCUCACAACCAAUCAGGUUAGAGGAGGUGGAGAACGGCUUUGUUUACAGUCAGAAAGAGCGGACCGCUCAAAAAUGUUCAAAUGUUGACGACACAGACAGAAGAGAACACAGAGAUAUCGAUAUAUUACCAAAUAAUCAAUAACUAAUAACUAUUGACUGAUAUUAGAAGAUGUUUUGUAAAUACACCACACAGGUUCCUGCCUCCUCCACCUUUAAUCCAAGUUUAGGUUUUGAUGAGUCUGUUUGGCGCCUCACUCACAUGUCAGCGGCUCAGGGUUUAAAAACACGAUCGUCUCGUUUUCUUUAGUAGAUCAUAACGAGACGUCGGUGGAGUUUAUCGGCGAAAACCUCCUCACAGGAGCUUUACGACGCCUCAGAUGUGUUUUCUGUUUUUCGCUGACUCGCCCUUGAACUCACACAGAGGAGGUUUGAAUCCAAACCAGCGCCUGAAGAUUCAGUUUGGUAGAGAAGCAGGAAAAGGAGAACACAAAGAGAGAAACGAUGAUUCCUCUGGUUCAGAGUCUCAGCGCUACGGUCCAGGAGAAACGCUGAGUCAACCACGUAUUUCUGGCUUAUUUGCACAAAUCUCAGCAAGUGUAAACCCAACAACCCGUUACAUAGAUCUCCUAAUCAGCUGUGAAAAAGGACAAUGCUGACACUGCUCUUCCAAAUACCCCUCUAAAAGCCCCCCCGAUUCAUGACCAGAGCAGAGAGAUGAGCGCUAACCUCGGGGUCGUCUCCUGAGGUCGACGCUCAUCUCAUCAGAUGUUACCGGCACAAUGAUCUCACCCAGGAGAAGCAGCAACUGUCACCUAAGUUAGUUCAGAAUAUGCACAUUUGUUCUCCCCACUCUCUGUGUCCACAGUGGGUCAGGGUAAGUGAUCAGCAUGUUUAUACUUUAAUGAACCCGCCUCAGUCCUCCUGUCCUCUGAGUUCAUGUCCUCCUGUCCUCUGAGUUCAUGUCCUCCGUCCUGUUUCUGCAGAGAAGAGGUAAAAAUCUAAAGUCCGGUGUUUUC